AUGGAUGAAGCAAUUAAUUUAUCAUCAUCAAAAACGGAGUUUGGUGAUGCGAUUAAUGAGUCAGAUGUUGAGGAAGAAGAUGAAGACCAAAAUCGUGGAAGUGGUCAUCAAUUUGAUCAAGAGUACGAAGAAGAUGAAGAAAUCGUAUCCGACGAUGAAUUGGAUGAUGAAUCGAAGAAUUUCGGAAUUAAUCAAAAUUUAAAACAAGGAGAUAUUGAACAAGAAUUAGAAAACGAGAAUGAGAAUGGAGACGGAGAUCUGGAAAUCGAAGCAGAUGAAGAAGAAGAAGAAGAAGAAGAAGAAGAAGAAGAAGUUGUCAUAAGGAUGGGUGAUGGUGAUCAAGAAGAGUAUGAGAGUAAUAAUACAACAAGCAAGGCUCAAAAUAAUCGAGCUAUUUCGCAAAAUUACUUAACAACACCCAUUGCUGUAUCACUCAUACCGAAAUGUGAAGAUUUAAAACAACAUCAGGCUCGUCGUAAAGGCGUACCAAAACGUUUAGAUACGUUGCAUCGAGAUAAUCAUGUUAAAAUUGCAAAACAACGAAUUGUUAUUAAUAACAACAAUAAUAAUCAUAAUUCUCAUCAUACAAAUAAUGGAAAUGGAGUUUUACCUCAUGAUGACCGAUAUAUCAAAAGUGAAGAUGACGAGGAACAAGAAGAUGAGUUCAUUCAACGACAACAACAAAAUGGACAUCAUCAAAAAUAUUUUAUACACACGACAAAUUAUAAUGAUGAAAACGAGAAUUUAGAAUAUGAAAAUGGUAGUGGUCGUGAUGAUAUCGACGAUAUUGUAACAAAUGUCUUACAAUCAAUUGUUGAAACAGUGCACAAAAAAUAUAGACAACAACAAAUUAAAAAAACACCUAUACCACAGAAAAAUAAAGAACCAACAACCUUUAAAAAAGAAGAACAGCAACAACAGACAAUGGAUCAUCGAAAAAUGAUGUUAAUGUUGGCAGCCGCUGCUGUUACACCACCGACAAAAGAAAAGUCAGCAAACAAACAAAAUGCCGCUAAAAAUUUUGGACAGUUACCAUCUACUAAACACGAAAAAUUCAAUCAAAAUCAACGAAAGCAAUCAACAAGUGAUAAUAAUCAUACAAGUAAAUUAUCGAAUCAAAAAUCCUCUUCAUUACCAAAUUCAAAUUCUCCAUUAUUAUCAACGUUUAAACAAUUGAUGCAUCUAAACCAACAAAAACAACUUUCUCAAGAACAUCACAAGUUAAAAUUACAGCAACAGUUAAUGAAACAUCAAAUUGACAAUCAAGACAGACAAAAACAAACCCAAUCACAUGAUUUACCUCAACCACAAGCUAAAAGACAAAAAACAUCGUCUACAAAUCCUGCGUCUGAGUAUGCAACUGCCUUCAAUGCAAAACAAAAUACCCAAAUGUUAUGGGAGAUGGCGCAAAUGUUAGCUUCAAAUGCUGCACCACCUGUAGAUGAAAUGCCGUUUAGUUCCAUUCUCAAAUCUCAGUUACUUGGACAACAGCAGAAGCCAUCGUCAAAUAAAGUUGGUCGACCUCCGAAGCAACAACAAAUAGGAACAAGUUUAGCUCCAAUGAGGUCAAGUACCAAUGUACCGAAUGGUAAACAUUCAUCAUCAUCGUCAUCAAAACAACAACAACCUACUGCUACUAAACAAACCUCGCAGCCUGAUCGUCCUGCUGUAUUCAAAACACAAACAAAUCCAUCAUUAUCACCACCUCCAUCCUCCUCUUCGAGUUUUGAUCCAUUACGUGGUUUUGCUCCUCGACGACGUGGUCGACCACCAAAAUACGUAACAGAACGUCCACAUUUAUCGGAUGUCUUACAAUCUGCAUCAGGAACAAAUGACCCUACGGCACUCUCAGCUGCAUUUUUGGCUGCCAUGACUGCUGCGUCAUCAUCUUCGAUAACAGACCACGAAAAUCAACAUAUUCAACCCUACGAACAAUUAUUAUCUGCUAUGUCGUCAGAUCGUUCGACGUCGUCGACAUUAGAUUUAUUAUCGACAUUUGCAGCUAAAUCAUCAAAUGGCUCUCAUCAACCGUCAACAUUUUCAUCUUUAAGCGCAUUUCAAUCUUUAUUGAAUUCUGAAUCAUUAAAAACACAUACAUCUCAUCUAGCAAGAAAUGGUGUACCGGCUUCAUUGUUAAAACAUUCGGGACAUUCUCGAUCACAUCAUCAACAUGCUACACAAGCACAACCUACAACUCACUGGACACCUCCCAAAACUACAUCAACAAGUCCAAUAUCCUCAUCUGGAAAUGAUAAUUCACAACCAAAGAAAAGAGGACCAGGGCGUCCACCAAAGAAUCAGACACUACUCAUGACUGCACCGCCAACAACUCAUGCUCAAUAUCAAUCGAAAUCCAAAAAUCCACCAACAAUGGUGCCACCCGCAAUUAAUCAACAUUUAAAUGCGGCGUUAGCUCUAGCUAACUCAAAAUUAAAUUCUGAUAUUAGAAAAUAG